AUGGGACUCAUCUUCCCACUUCUCGUUUUUCAUGAUGACACCAUCUACGCCUUGUCAACCGCUCCUGGCAAGGCUGCCAUUGCCGUGAUACGGAUCUCCGGUCCUGGGUGUCUAGAGGUGUACAAAGGGCUCUGUCCCUCGAGCGCAAGCCUGAAACCCAGGCACGCCUCAGUGAGAAGGCUAGUCCAUCCCUCGUCAGAGGCGGGCACUAACGUUCUGGACUCGCACGCCGUAGUCCUUUACUUUCCCGGGCCUCGUACCGUGACGGGCGAAGACGUACUCGAGCUGCAUAUCCACGGGGGGUCUGCCACCGUCAAAGCCGUCCUUGCCGCCAUACCGCAGUGUUGUUCGGCCCAGGCCAUUCGCUAUGCUGAAGCUGGCGAGUUCACCAAGAGAUCUUUUGCCAAUGGUCGGCUAGACCUCGCGCAGGUUGAGUCCUUGAGCGACACCCUCGCUGCCGAGACCGAGCAGCAACGCCGCGCUGCGGUCCGAGGCAACUCCGGCGCGCUUGGCAGGACGUAUGAGAAAUGGAGAGAUCUCUUGCUCCACGCUCGGGGCGAGAUCGAGGCGCUCAUCGAUUUCUCCGAGGACCAGCAUUUUGACGAAUCGCCGACUCAACUUCUGGCCAAUGUCACCCGCCAGGUUUGUGAGAUCUUGGAGUCGAUUGAUCUCCACGAUACGGCGAGCCAGAGGAGCGAGCUCCUGAGGAACGGCAUACGAAUUGCCCUUCUGGGGCCGCCCAAUGCUGGGAAGAGCUCCUUGAUGAACCUCAUCGUCGGGCGCGAGGCGUCCAUCGUUUCCGGGGAAGCUGGAACCACUCGGGACAUUAUCGAAGCCAGCUUGGACAUCAAAGGCUAUCUCUGCACCUUUGCCGACACCGCCGGGUUCAGGUCCAGAGCGACAGCAGGUGCUCUAGGUCAUGGGUCGGUUGGCCCGCGCCUUGGAGCAGUCGAAGAAGAAGGCAUCCGACGUGCCAAGCAGAAAGCCCUCGACUCUGAUCUCAUUGUUGUCCUGACCUCUAUCGAGCCCGCCGAUGCAGCCUGCAAAUCCUAUCAGAUAUAUUACGACGAGGAUACCUUGCAGUUAGCAGCUGGUGCUCCGGCCUGUCUCGUGGUGGUGAACAAGAGCGAUGCAGUACAAGGAGACGAGCUCGAGGCCUUGAAAUCCUCCUUCCAGACCUCAGUGCUCGACAGAACACCCGGGCUGGCCAAUGUGGUUCCCCUAUCGAUAUCAUGCAAAGAGGCGGAAAUUUUGGGGUCCGGCCACAAGGACCCGGGCCGCAUCCACGGUCUGGUCCAGCAAAUGGUCUCUCAUUUUGAGCGGAUGACAUUGCUACCCGCCGAUCAGCAGGACCUGCUGGGCGUAACUGAGAGGCAGCGGCAGCUCCUGCUGCUGUGUCGUCAACACCUCGAAGGGUUCAUGGCUGUGGCCGAGAGUCCGCAUGACGGGAGUGAGCCGGACAUCGUCAUGGCGGCGGAAUACCUGCGCUAUGCUGGCGACACCCUUGCACGGAUCACUGGACGUGUGGAUGGCGGUGAUGUCGAAGAAAUAUUGGGCGUGAUUUUCGAAAGGUUUUGUGUGGGCAAAUGA